GCCUCGGCUGGGCAGGUCUCGGACGCGGCCGGGAGGAAAAACGACUCCCGGGGAAAGAGGAGGAAAAACCCGACGCGAGGGCGGAAAAAAUAAUCGGGGCGUGAGUGCUCGGCCACCGACGACCACUUUUGGGGGCUGCUGAAGCAUCUCUUCACCUGCCUUUAGUCCAAGAGGAGGGCUUUCUUCCUUGUGCUGCUGCAGGAGGGGAGAGGGAGAGGAGCUGGAGCAUCCCCCCGCCAUCGCACCAUGCCCCUCGCCCGCCCCACCGGCCAGAUCCCCGAAGCCACCUGGACCUUGGGCUUCAGGGAGAUGACGGAGCCCUGGAAAGGUGCCCUGGGCUGCCUCGGCGUGGCCGUCUUCUUCGCCAUGACCAUCGGCAUCAUCUCCUGGCAGGCGCUGGAGCAGCCCCCGGAGGAGUGGGUGCUGCGGGGCCGCGCCGGGGGGGUGCUGUGGGAGCGCCGGCGGGGGGCCCUGCUGCUGCGGGCGCUGCCGGCGGGGCGGACGGCGGCGGUGGUGGCGGUGGGCGGCGUGCCGGCCGCCGAGCCCCCUCCGCCGCGGGACCGCUGCUGGCACGACGGUGGGCAGUUCUGCUACGCCUGGGAGGAGGACGCCGAGCUGCGGGUCUCCCUCGAGCCCCCGCCGGCCCCCGGCACCGAGUGCUACGGCGUCCGCUGGACCCCGCUGCGCCCCGACGUGGCGCUGAAGGACUGCUUCUCCAUGGCCAACGUCUCCUGGUACGGAGGGGCGAGCGUCCGUGCCCAGCGCUGGCCGCUCAACGGUGCCGAGAGCCCAGCGCAGCCCUUCGUCAGCGGCGACUUCGGCGAGAGCCCCCACGGCUACGGGCCAGUCCUGGAGAGGUACUUCUUAGGCUCCACAGGGGUGACGGUGACGGUGGCGCCCGACGUGCCCCUCUUCCUCUCGCUGGAGAGCAAUCGGCAUUUCUGCCUGGAGUCGCCGGCGGGGAGAGCGGCGGUGCCGCUGGGCUACCGGCUCUGCCUCAGCCCCGACAUGGCGGCCGCCCACCGGCAUGUGGGCACCCAGCUGGCGGGGACGGCGCGGGCCAUGCCGGACACGGCCCUCCUGGGGUCUCCCAUCUGGCAGUACCACGGCCCGGAGGGUUCGGCCGCCAAAAUAAAGCGAGGUUUGAGGUCACUGGCCAAGAGACUGAAGCGGCAUCGCCUUCAGGAGGGGGUCCUGGCCCUGGGCGAGCGCUGCACCGCCGUCCUCGCCGCCACGGACCACGUCCCCCCGGAGCCGAGGAAGCGGCAGGACUCGGCCGGCACCUGGGACCCGUCCCUGGUCGCGCCGCUGCAGCUCUCCAUCACGCUGUCGCCGUACACCAGCAUCGCCUCCCCGCUCUUCCUGCGCUCCCUGCGGCACGGGCAGACGGACGGCUACUGGCUGAGCCUGCAGCCCCCGAUCCCUCUGCUGACCAUGUGGAAGGGGCAGCUUUGUGCCCGCCUGAACGUCACCAGCGAGGCGGCGCUGGGCUGGUUCCUGGCACGUGCCCGGCGGCUGCGGCAGGCGCUGGGGGCUGCGUACGUGGUGUUCGAGGGCGCCGAGGGCAAUGCCCUCCUGGAUCGAGCCGUGCCGCCUCCCGCGGAGCUGGUGGGCGACCGGUACACCGCGGCGCUGGCGGCGGCACUGGCGACACUGGGGAACACCACCAUCAUCAGCGCCGGCGCCAGAUCCAGUCACCUCCCGCUCUUCGUCCAGAUGAGCCCCCUGCGCUCCGACUGGAGCCACGCGGGGCUGAAGGGGGUCAUUCCCUCCGUGCUGCACUACAGCCUCUUGGGCUACAACUUCUUCAUCCCCGACGCAGUAGGAGGGAGCCUGGCCGGUGACACCCCAGGGGACCCGGAGCUCUAUGUGCGGUGGCUGCAGCUGGUGACGUUCCUCCCCGUGAUGGCCUUCAGCACGCCGCCCUGGCUCUGCUGCGACGCCUGGGUCUUGAAUCUUACCCGGCAAUGCAUACAGAGGCACCGGGACUUCGUUGUGCCACUCAUCAUAAAAUACAGCGAGGAAUGGCUUCGGUUGGGGUACCCCAUCUUCCGGCCAGCGUGGUGGCUCAGCCCCACAGAUCCAACCGCUUUCACCAUAGAGGACGAAUUUCUCAUUGGAGAUGAGGUCCUGGUUGCCCCCAUAACAGAAAAAGGGCAAACGUGGAGAGAUAUCUACCUGCCCGGGGAAGGGCAGCUGUGGCUGGACACCAACAGCGCCCGCGUGUUUGACGGGGGCACCGUCCUCAGGAACUACUCUGCCAGCCUUGCAGAGGUGCCGGUUUUUGUAAAAACCUCCUAAAUUCACAGCCUGCCGCAGCUUUGGGACAGUUGACCUCUUUCAGAGCAGCACUGGCCAAAUGCGGUUGCUCUUCCUUGAGGCUAUUUCAGCCUAUUUGCACUUUCCCAAGAAUUAUUUUUUUUUCCCCAGCAGAAACUGUUUGAAUCUUUUAUCAUUUGUUGUUAUUCUACAAUAGAGGAAAUGUAGUUUUGGUACAAAUAUCCAUCCACGCAGAACGUCGACCUCCAUCCUUCCAGGUUUUUCCCAGCGAAAUGUUAGCGUGCGCGUGUUCAGGUGGCACAUCCAGCAUCUCCAGGUCCCUGACACCCUGCUCAAAGGUGCUGCCUUGGCCAGAGAGUGGAUUUUCCAGAACAGGAGAUGAACGAACAUCAGCUUCUGCUCGGAUGGGAUUUUUUUGCAUUUAAAGAAAAAAAAAAAAGUCCAUACAGGGAAACUGAAAUAUGUGAUAGCUCUAUUCGUGUGCAUGGACAUCACACGUGCUAAGUGCUACCUGCUUCUCCCAUCUGAUGCUGCGUGUGUGCUCCCCCAGGAGAGUCCGUGGGGGUAAGGGACUGACUUUGAGGGUAAUGGGAAAACUGGGUGAAUUCCAGGUCUGUUGGAAGUGGGUUUCUGUGGAAGAAAAACAACCCGAUCAAGAAAGGAGUGGCUCUAACAGCGCGUGAUGAGGACAGACAGGGUGAUUGCCCACCUUGGGACAAAAACUCCAGAGCUCAGCAUCCCUUCCCCAACUCCGGCGUGCCCCAGCCAGUGCUUUUCACCAUUUGUUGAACUUCAUCUUUUUUUUUUCCAAUUCUUUCUUGCACUACAAGUGGGAUCCAGUGUGAUCAGUCCUUCCUCCAUCCAGCCAAAAAUGUAUCCAUGGGCAACACAGACGUCCCACAUGCUGAAUUCCCAUUUAGGGAAGUGAUAUUAGCUACUCAGAUGUGGAUUAAUGGGACGCUGACCUGUUCACUAAUGGGCUGAUUUCAAAGGCUGGCAUUUGAGGUUUGUCUUGGUGGAUAAAUCACACUCCUUGGGAGCCAAAGGCUCUGCUUCGAUUCGCUCACUUGGCCUGAAAGGAAUCCCCGGGAGCUGGAUCUCGAUUUAGAGUAAACCCCCAAAUCCUGCUGUCUUUGGCUGGGCACAGAGGGGACGGAGCGAUGACUCUGCCUGGAGAGAUUAAACCGCUCCAAAUCCCGCACGGUGCUGGCGUUUUCCUCCCGCUCCUCCCUGAAGUCAGACCGAUGGCAGGAGCAGGUUUUGCUGUUCUUGGCUUCCAGAAGUCUCUAACUUUAACCCAGGUUUAACCACUGGCUGAAGAUUAAAAAAAGACAACAAGCCCAUGCUUGUUCAUGGUGAAUCUUUAGGAAAAUAAUAAUAAUAACUAACACUAAAUGAUGUAAAAACAAGAAGAGGUGGCGGCCUCAUUUUUCUGUCUUCGUCCACUUGUGAGUGAUAUUUUG